AUGAGCGGCAAGUUUGAACCGAAGGAGCCAGUCCAGCUCAACCCGCCGAACUACACACCCAUCUCAGUCGAGGAGCUUGGAAAGCACAACGGCACUAAUGGACAGCCCUGCUAUGUGGCUAUCAAGGGCAUAGUGUUUGAUGUCUCUGGCAAGGAAGCGUAUCAGCCCGGCGGCAGCUACUCAGCCUUCUCCGGAAAGGAUGCCUCGAGGGCAUUGGGCCUGAUGUCAACGAAGACCGAGGAUGUUCGACCGGACUGGUUUGACUUGGAUGACAAGGAGAAGAAGACCCUUGAUGACUGGUACACCUUCUUUUCCAAGAGGUACAACAUCGUCGGAACCGUCGAGGGUGCUACAAACAAGGAUCCAAGCAGCUCUCUGUAG